CAACUUUCUUCGUCCUGCCUCUGCGUACAGCCCGCAUCCUGUGUCUUCAUUCCAAAAUCCUCAUCGACAAGCACCAAAUAUUCAGAAUACGAGCGACGAGCGCAAUCGAGUUCAAAGCGCAACAAGCGCAAGCCCUGCCACCAUGGCUGCUCCCAUCACGACCGUCUCCGACUCGAAAGAGCGACAGGGACUCAACCUCAUCGCGGCGCAUUCCCACAUACGAGGUCUCGGAUUGACGCCGGACACGCUGACCCCCAAGCCGUCUGCUGGCGGGCUGGUGGGUCAGCAACAGGCUCGCAAGGCCGCUGGUGUGAUUCUGCAAAUGGUCAAGGAGGGCAAGAUUGCGGGUCGAGCAGUCCUCAUCUCCGGACCUCCUAGCACGGGCAAGACAGCCAUAGCAAUCGGCUUGAGCAAGGAGCUUGGCGAAGACGUGCCAUUCACAGCGUUGGCAUCGUCCGAAAUCUUCAGCAUGGAAAUGAGCAAGACCGAGGCGCUGGAGCAGGCAUUCCGCAAAUCGAUCGCAGUGCGGAUACGAGAAGAGAGCGAGGUAAUUGAGGGCGAGGUGGUGGAGAUCCAGAUUGAUCGAUCAGUCACGGGCAACAACAAGAGCGGCAAGCUCACUCUCAAAACAACGGACAUGGAAACUCUAUACGACAUGGGAACCCGCAUGAUCGAUAGCAUGACGAAGGAGAAGGUCAUGGCUGGCGACAUCAUCAGCAUCGACAAGGCAAGUGGGCGGAUCACAAAGCUGGGACGCAGCUACACCAGAAGCCGAGAUUAUGAUGCAGUGGGCUCAGAUGCCAAGUUCAUACAAUGUCCAGAUGGCGAGUUGCAGGUGCGACGAGAGACCGUUCACACUGUCUCGCUACAUGAGAUAGACGUGAUCAACAGCCGGACACAGGGAUUCCUGGCUCUAUUUUCUGGCGACACUGGUGAGAUCAGGUCGGAGGUGCGGGAGCAGAUCAACACAAAAGUCGCAGAGUGGAAGGAAGAAGGCAAGGCCGAGAUCGUUCCUGGAGUUUUGUUCAUCGACGAAGUGCACAUGUUAGACAUUGAGUGCUUCAGCUUCAUUAACCGCGCGCUCGAGGAUGAACUGGCACCGAUUGUGAUUAUGGCUUCAAAUCGCGGUUCCACGACGAUUCGGGGUACCAAUUAUCGAAGUCCUCACGGCUUGCCGUUGGAUUUCCUGGACCGUGUUGUCAUCAUCUCAACACAACAAUACCAAAACGACGAAAUUCGCGACAUCCUGCAGCUCCGCGCACAGGAGGAGGACAUCGACAUAUCGGCAGACGCAAUGGCAUUACUCACCAAGAUUGGGCUGGAGACCGGACUUCGUUACGCGAGCAAUCUCAUCACAACUUCACAUCUGCUUUCGCAAAAGCGAAAAGCCAAAGAGGUCGAGCUCAACGAUGUGUCGCGCUCCUACCAGCUCUUCUAUGACCCUACCCGAAGUGUGAAGUUCGUGACUGAGUUCGAGAAGCGACUGAUCGGUGAGGACGGGGGCGUGACACUGGGUGCCAGCACAAAUGGGCACAGCAAUGGAGACGCGAUGGAGGUGUCAUAAAAGUCGUAGAGCAGCACGGCACGAGUUUGGCGAUCUCGCCGAUAUUCUGACGACGGCGUUUGUCGGCCUUUGAGACGUGCAAGUUGUACUUCACCUCCUCGCCAACGCCACUUCGAGUGUGUAAGAUUAUGUAGAACAUUACCCGAUCAUGCACCGCAUGCCUGAAGAGACAUCAUGAUAUUUGCCCUCCCCAAAUUUUGACCCUAUCU